AUGAGUACUCCACCAUCAUCAUCAUCAUCUCGACUUCCUCGACCAAUACUUCAUCGGUCAAGUCCGUCAACGUCUUCAAAAUAUGCUGAUUCACCUUCACCAUCCUCUAAAUCUCGCUCUCGAUCCAAAACAACACUAGCACAACCAAAGGUCCUACCCUUUCCUGAGCUGUCGAUACGUGCGCAGGAAGCUCAGCGCACUUCCCGAGAAGGCUCAAGGGCAACCAGUCCGAUGUCUACUCCGCCUAUAGAUCGAUUGGAAGUAACUUUUGACCAGUUGAUCACCAUGAGCAGAGGUGGUUCCUCAGAAGGUUAUGGAAAUGGUGCUGGACAUGGCAUUGGAGUUGGUAUUGGUAUUGGAAAUGGAGGUGGGUCAGGAAGGGUCUCGUCUGGAGGUUCAGCAAGCACAUCUUCCAAUGCUACAGUAUCGGCAUCUGCAUCUGCAUUAGGAGGAUCAACUUCACCACCUGUCCCAUCACCUUUAGCCGUCAGUGCUGCGCGUUUAUCGAGAGCAAGAGCAAGUACUGGUCCUAGCAGGUCUAGAACGUCGGGAAUAGCAAGUGAUGUAGGUGAUGAGCCUUCUAUCACUGCCACACCUUCUGUCACAAGACCAGCACAAUCUCCAUCUGCUACGAUUACAAAUCGAACCCAGGGAUUCAGACCCGCUUCUCCUUCAGUAUCUAGAAUGCCCACCGGGGUACCUUCAAUCAGACCAACUCUCAAUACGCCCGUUACCACCUCACACCACACUCAAGUAACGACGGCUUCUGCUCCAACGACCAGCAUACCUUCGUUGAUAACUCCCGCUACGCCCAGCGCUUCUAACAAACAUCAAUCCCGGCCUCGGUCAACUCACUCUGUUCGAUCGAUCUCAACAGCGGCUGCCGUCAGCUCAGCCACGACAGCUAUCACACCUCUUCCCACCGGUCAGAAUAUCAAGGAUCAUUUGUACCAGACAUUGUUGGAAGGAGUUUGCGCAGAUGUCAGAUUGAUUGUUAAAAGCUGGGGAGUGUGCUAUCACGCUCAUAAGAUGAUCUUAGUCCAAACAAACUUCUUUCAUACUCUUUUUCUUGGAGGCUUUUCCGAAAACGCACCCGCAAUACAUAGAAGCGGGAAAGGCAAGGAGAGAGCAAGGGAUCGAAUAUUGACAGACGUCUGUUGGGAUGGAGAAGAUGUGGAAUUGACUUUUGAUGAUCCGAACAUCACUCGGGCGGCCUUUGAGAUUUGCUUAUCUCGUUUAUAUUCUCCUUACCCUCUUCUUCAUUUCCCCACAGAUUUGCUUCCAACCGCGUCUUUCCCACUCACACCUGUAUUUCCGCAUAUCACUUCUUUGCCUGAUUAUUCUUCAUUACGGUCCUCCUUGCCUCCCAAGAGCUUUCUUGGUUCUCCUCGCUUAUUGCUAUCUCUGCUUGCGACCACGAUCUAUCUGGGAUUUGGACCUCUUAUGCGUGAAACUCUGGCUCUGGUUCUCCGAACUGUUGGACCUAUCACCGUUAGGCGAUACCUCUCAUUUGCCGUUGGUGAUGGGAUAGGUGACGAAGAGUACUCUGAACAAAAUGAGGAGGGUAUGAUGUCUUUCUCAGGAGUGGCCAAAUUCAUACAAGAGCGUUCAGAUGGGUCUCAUGUCUACCGUCAACCUUCCGACGAAGACCUUGUUGAAGAAGCUCUACAUACUAUAGGGUAUAAUUCAAGAUCAUCAAAUGACUCUGGAACGAAAAUCAGUGAUAGCAGUGAGGAUUUAACUCGACAUGGUGGAAUUCCUAUUCCUUCUUUACGUUUACCUACUCGAUCUAAUUCAGUGCGGAGUACUGCUGUUCGUGAAGAUCCCUUCUCUCUCACUUACGCUGAUCCUCAACUGCUUCCGCAUUAUUAUGGUGUCGUCGGGAACAAGAUAGGCGAAGCGUGUGGUUGCUGGUUGGCUCGAUGGGGAGUGGAUAUACUGGAUAUCGAAAUGAAAACACCUUUACCCGCUUAUCGAAUCUGGGCAUAUGGAGGGCUUCCAGCGAAUUUGGUCAGAGCGAUCCUGAGUUCCGAUUACUUCUUCGUUCAAGAUGAGAUGGAACGAUAUCGUGUUGCUCGAAAGAUCCUUGAUCUGAGAAGGACAGGUUGGGAUCAAGGAAUGGAAGAUGGAGGUGAUCUUAGUCUUGCAGCAGGCAGCGCAUUUGGUAUGGAAGGGACCGACGAAGGCUGGGAAGAAUGGGAAGAAGAAGAAAGAGAGAUCCUGAAGGUCUUCGCAGAAGGGAUAUACUACUGUCAUAUGACUUUCAACAAUCUGUCGACAAUUGCCUCUGAUCUCGAUCCCACUACCCACCUGCCCUAUGCUCCCCUAUCAGUUCUUCAAGCUGCUCAUUGGGCUGCAGCCGACUUGCGAUCUCGAGUCACAGCCCAUGAAAAGCCAGGUGUAACCACUGACGCGGACGACGAUGACAAUGAGCUCGGUCUUACUCAAACGACUACAGCAAUCUGUUCCAAUACUCGGAGACGUCGUCCAGUACCCAGAAGCAGAGUGCCCAGCCCAGCUAAGCCCACAGCCAGUGCCACUUCAUGGGGUUUAUCUUCGCCUUCUUUACCCUCCGCCGAUACGUUACCAUCCCUCCACUCUGCUCAACAUACGAUUUGGCACGCUGUACCUACUGAUGACACACAUAAAAUCGGAGCGAGCGGAUUAUUAUCUCUGUCGGGGUCAGCACAACACUCGUUUAUAGGUGAAAUGCCAGAUUUUGGACCUGAUCUUUUAGAUCCUGUUCUUCCAACCACUGGAGAGGCAGAAAAGAUCAGACCUCCCCCGCAUGGUGAGAGAACUGCUUUCGGGUUGAUAGGCGGUAAAAUGACCGGUAAAGAAAUUGAGGAGAAAUGGAUAAAUGAAGGUGGAGCAUUCGCAAUGUCGAACUUGAAUCUUGGAUUGGGUGAAGCCACCUCGAAUUCAACUGGAAAAGCUCAAGCUCAUAUCAAAGAUGAACGAUGGACCAAAAUCGAACCAUUCAGAUUCUCAGUUGAAUUCUUUGAUAUUGAUAAGCUGACUGAAAAAGAAAGGUUUUAUUCCUCGACACAUUUUUACGCAGGAUCAUAUUUUAAUUGUUACGUUCAAAUGAUCAAGAGGAAAGAAAAAGGUGUUCAAUUGGGUGUUUAUCUUCAUAGACAACCACCUAAUGAGCCUUUUCCUAUUCCAUCUUCACCUAGAUCUUCAUCAUCGACCUCUUUAUCCGAUUCCUCUUUAGCCACUUUUGCUCCACCAUCAUCUACUCGCCAUCAAUCAACAAUCGGAAAUUCUCCUAUAUCUCAUAAUCGACAUUUAUCGACAUCACCUAUGGUUCCUGGAUCCCCUCCUGCAUCGUUGGCAUUAUCAUCAUCCGCUCAAAGCCAAGCUACCAACGAAACACAAGCCCCGUAUAUAGAUUCCAGAUCAGUCACAAAAGCGUUUUUCAGUAUUUCAUGUGCUUCAGCACUUGGAACAGCUUUGAUAAGAUUCACUUCGGGGCCUGAUUGUUUUGCACUAUCACAAUCUUGGGGAUGGAAAUCUUCUGCUUUGAAAUCAGAAGAAUACCUCUGUGUAUCACCAGUACACAACCAAAACCAAAACCAAAACCAAAGUCAGAAUCACAAUCAGUCUACAGAACAGGAACUCAAUCAAGAUUCGAAAGCAGAUCUUGAACAAGGUGUAAUGGGAUGGACGGGUGAGAUACCGUAUAGCGGGAAAAUUGGUCAAUGUAGCUUGAGAGCCACUGUCGUACUUGGUGUUGUUUAG